UUCGAGGCAAAUGUGGGGUGUAAGUUGACGCAAAUUGCAUUUGAAUUAACUAACUAAGCCUAAGACUUGAUUUUCAGCCUUCUAAAUCUAUUUCACUCACGAACAAGGCAGAAGCUAUGCUCUUUCUAGCAACACAACUACGCAACCGUCUAAAUCUAAGCAGCUUCCAGCGUUUGCGAAACAAGACACUCAGGACACCGUCAUUCAUCCCAUAAGCCCAAUGAACUAAGCAACAUCCUGUUUCUCAUCCUGAGGCUAAGUUUAGGAGCUCUGCGAGGGGGCGUACCUCUAAUCAGGCCUGUGACCAUCGACCGGGCGUGCUGCGACCAAUAAGGAUGGAUCCGAGAGGACGGGCACGGAGGGCUCAGAACAGAAGGCCGAGAGAGUGAAGAGAGGACAAAGGGUCAGCUGAGAGGUGCUGGUGACUGCUGGUGCCGAGUAAAGACUGUUGGUGAUGUGUGCGAAGUUGGUGCUAUUUGGUAAACAUUUUGUACAGCGAAGUGAAGGUUGAGGACCGGUGAAAGACGUUGGUGAUGCAUUCGACCGCUGAGGUUUUCAAAGAUAUCAGAAGCUGGCAAGAACCGAUGCAAAUGGCGACGGUGUUGUUUGCUGAAUAUGGCAAUCAAUAUCAGUGACGGCAGGUGACGCCAUCGGUAUUCUGGCGACCAACUCCUUCAGCCUCCAGCGACCACUGCCGUCACCACCGUCUACUCAUCGAUUCACCAGCUCACCUAUCUUCUUCGAGAAACUUUGCACCGUCCUCUAGUCUCCACCCAAGUCAAGCUUUAUUCGAGCUACUGGCGAGACUCCCGCCUGCUGUAGCUGAGCUCCACCUUGCCGCCCUCUGCAGCGUAGCUCUACCGUCUGCCGAAGCGAAGCCUUACCUUCUCUGAAGCGCAGUCCUGCCGUCCACUGAAGCCCCCGCGAUGUCUGGCCGCGGUCCGUGCCGCACUCCGGCCGACCAGCUGGUCGCUCCCGAGUACCGCCGCUGGCGGCGCGAGCACGGCCUCCAGCUGCCGCUGCACGGUCAGCAGCUGGCCGCCUGGCUGCUGCUGCUGCUGUCAGCCGCUGUCAUGGGAGGAGUGCUGGUGCCGGCGCUGUGCCCGCCGCUGAGACUCCCCGCUGCUGUGCUGGCCGUCGUGGUAUUGCUGGUUCACGGUGUGACGCAUAUAGUGGCGACUCUGCUGGACCCUGCACAUGGUGACCUUCGAGCGAGACGGGAGCGGGUCCCAGUGCCAGAGUUUGAUAGAAACGUGCACGCCCAUGUGAUCGAGAACGGACGGUGCCAUCUGUGCAACAUCGGGAUCACGUCAACAAGGACGAAACAUUGUUCCGUGUGUAACAAGUGCGUCGAUCAAUUCGAUCAUCACUGCAAGUGGUUGAACCACUGCAUUGGAAGACGGAACUACGGCUGGUUUCUGGCGUGUGUGACCAGCGCUGCAGCGGUGGCUCUCCUGGUGCUGGCUCUCUCCGCUGGUGAGAUAGUGCUACUCUAUCUCAGUCCCGAGAGACUCGGGGACUGUGUGAAUUGUGUGAACGGCACACAAGCUCUGGGGCCGAUUGAGGAGGGAACGAUGGAGAUGAGUCCCGACGGUUACGAGCCGGAUCCCGGCGCUUUCUGCUCUCCGAGAAUGACCAUGUUCGGCCUCCCAGCGCCUCGCUCCGUCUUUUUCUCAACAGCGGGAGUCUUCGCUCUGCUCUCACUCCUCUGCGGGAUCCUUCUCAUCCACCUGCUCCUCUUCCACGUCUACAUCAUGGCCCGUGACAUGACCACCUACGAGUACAUCCGCGGGCUCGCGGCACCUCGCGCCAAGUCCCCCUCCAAACAGGCCAGUCCUCGGUGUCGUUUUUUAUCGGAGGCGCUGCACAAGAACAGGGUCCGGCCCGGCCCGCCCGUGCAGCCGCCCUCGAGGGCCAGUGGCUCGACCUCGCCGGCGGGCCGUGUUUCGAGUCGCGGCUCGGCACCACCCUCCCGGGCCAGUCGGCUGACCGGGGUCAGUGUGGAAACUCUGGCCAGGGAGGUGGAGGGGAUGGAGGGGCGGGAGAGGGAGACGGAGGGAGAGGAAGAGAGGGAGGAGGAGAGGGAGGGUGGCCACUCUCCGGAGGGCUGCUCCUGGCCCCGGAGAGGCGGUGAGAAGUCGGAGGGUGAGAAGACGAGCGGUGAGCUGGGACUGGUCGGUACCGUGGGUGAGAGCGGCGCAGGAGGAGACGCCUCCACCCCGCCCCGAUCCGCGGCAGAGAGACGGAGAGACAGAGACACUCAGUCUGCCUCCGAGCACAGGUCACUGCUGGCCAAACUGGUGAAAUCCGUCCGCGCACUGUCAGCCUUUCCAGUCUUUACGGCGCCGGCCAGCAUCACAGAAACUCCGCAGACCUGCGCGACAUCUAACGGCGAAGCCGUUGGUGUCAGUAGUUCCACUACCGACCACCUAGCGUCGCUACAGUCGCCGCCGCCCUCUGAAGCACUUCGCAAGGAGCCUGUGGGGUCAGUGGAGGCAUCUCAUGACCUCGAAUCACCGCCCCCAGGCGUGACCCAGGUCAUGUCACGGUGGCGGAGGACCUCUUUGCCGUGGCUUCUGCUGGACGGGUCUGGUGAUCCCAUUGAGCCCGAAAGUGCUAGUGCAGGAGACGAGGCUCCCCAUCACUGGACAGGAAAGGUGCACACGACAGGCCAAACGCACACGUGACGAAGCCUAGCCUCUAGCGCUUAUGUUGCGAUUUUGUGCAGGUUCGUGAAUGGAGGCUUGUUGCGGGUACGUGUGAUGCGAAAGCCAGUCAGUGUUGAUGGGCAUAUUUGUCGUGCAUAUAUGAGAUGAUGUGCUUGC